AUGCCCGAAUCAACCAGCCUGACUUUCCAGCUUCUCCCGGAUUCCAUCCGACAAUGUUCGGCCAUUGGUGCCGAAGUCCAACUUCCUCCAGGAAUGUCUAAACUGGAGCUCGACAGCCUGACGGAAACCGACAAAGAAACUUUGCGAAAAGCUCUCUUUGAGAAUCAAGUUAUUGUUAUUCGAGGCCAGAAGGGAAUUGAUCCCACUGUCCUUCCUCAGUUAGCCAAGGUCUUCGACCCGAAUGCGUCGGAUGUUCAUUCUGCUGGCGAGAAAGCCGUUAGUGACCCGAAGAACAUUCUAUCGGCCUAUAAGGCUGGAAGAAUUCCUAAGGCUCCUCAGGUUGGAAUCAUUGGCUCUGGAACUUUCCAUGAUUAUGAAGGGCUCAAGGAAUUGGAGGUUAUCCAUCUGGAUCACACACUAUUUCACGAAAAGCCUCUUACUCAGAGUGAGAUUGACCAGGGCUUCACUCGUCCCUAUAGGUGGCACAUGGAUACUCCAUUCUAUGAGCGCUUGCCUGGUGAAGUCACUAUCCUACACUCAAUUCGUAUCCCCAAUCUACCCGAUCAGAAAAUCAAGUUUCCCGAUGGAAAAGAAAAGCCAAUUGGUGCUGGCGCGACAGCCUUUUUCUCGGGUGCUCGCGCCUUUUCUCUCCUUACUCCCGAAGAGCAAGAAUUUGCUUUGAACACUACUGUCACAUAUGCACCACAAGCAUACGAGUACAUCAGGCAGUGUAAGGCAUCUGAUGAUGGUCUUACUAUUCCAACAAUGGGAAGCGAGGUGCCAGUUGAGAAACUGUCUGAAUGGAGUUGGGAUAAGGUUGCGGAACAUCCCAUGGUUUGGCGUAAUCCGCUUAACCCUGACAGGCCCUUCCUCCAGGUUCACGGAUGCUGUGUCUAUAAGCUGACCACACGUAAUCCGACCACUGGAGAGGUGACUGUCAUCGAUGAUGUUGAGAAAGUCAGGAACGUGGUAUACAAUAUGCAGAAGAAGAUCUAUGCGGCAGAGAACAUCUACGCCCACCGUUGGCAAGAGGGUGAUUUGGUCAUCUUCCACAACCGCGGUGUUAUGCACAGUAUCACUGGGCAACUAUCGCAGCAUAAGGAAGACCAAGAUAAAAGGCGACUCUUGUGGCAAUGCACAAUGACAAGCGUCACUCCUCCUAAGCCAUUCAGGAGUUAUGAAGACGUCAAUGAUACGGGAUAUGUCAGGGUUUAG